AGUGUUUGAUCGCCGGAGGCUACGUUACAGUUGUGGAAAUAGUGACAAGUUGUUAAUUAGUGCGCCCACGAAAGAUUUGAUGUUGAUGUUGAUGUGACAACUCGUAAAAUGUCAUACAAUAAUUCAACACAUCAUGCUGAAAUUUUCCAAUUUUCCGGCUACUCGACGACACUACAUACACCAUAUCAUUACAUAUCAGAUGGUAGUACUUUAAACGGAGACGAUUCAAAUUUCUGGUCAAGCAGUCCACGAUCUGAAUCUCCCUCUCCAACUGAUGAUAGUACACCAAAUGCAUUAAUUAAUUCUUAUUCUUAUUUUGCCACAUCGACCUCUCCAAGAGUACUUCUUCCAGAACAAAGACAUUCACAUUUUAGAAGAAAUUAUCCACUUAACGCUUCUGUCGGCGACGACACAACUCCAACCCAGCAUGUUCAUGUUCCAUAUGUCAGAGUAGUAAAACGAAGAACAACCGCCAAUAAAAAAGAAAGGCGUCGCACACAAUCGAUCAACAAUGCGUACGCCGAUUUACGUGAUUGUAUACCAAAUGUACCACCUGACACGAAAUUAUCAAAAAUUAAAACUUUAAGGCUAGCCACUUCCUACAUCAAUUAUUUAGUAAAAGCGUUAGAAUCUGAUGAUCCCGCUCCGGGGAGCUUCACCGCGGAGUUAGGAUCUUCAGGAGUCAGUAGUAGAAGGCCAGCAAUAUCGAAUAAUUCCACGAUACACCAUGUAAACGACUGCUCGUCGAGCGGAGACAUUUCACCGAGGAACGAUUCCAUUUCAGCGGAAGAUGUUAACAAGACGACGACGAGGAAAGCGAAAGGACGUACAGGUUGGCCUCAGCACGUGUGGGCCCUCGAACUGGAACAAGAUCAAGCGCUUUAACGGGACGGGAUGUAUGUAAAUAAGUAGGCUUUAUAACCUGGAAGUGUAUCUUGAAGUCAUUUCAUUUGUCGAAAUAUCCUGAAAUUGUAUAUAAUAUAUCUAUUUUAGUCUGAGGAGGCAGCCACAUGGCCCCUAAUGUAAACAUUAUUCACCUACGUACACCUAAGAAUUAUACAUGAAAAUUACAUAGUUUAUUAUUAGAUAUUAGACAUUAAAAAUAUCUACUAUCCUAUACUUGCUUACGUAGGUUGUACUUAGUCUUCUAUGUAAGUAGGUAAAAUUUUAAUAAAAUUUAUACGUUAUUUA